AUGGCCACCUCUCGCUCGGUCGCCAGGCUGGUCGCCUACCGCCGGUCUCCCUUCAUGCCGAUCGGGUCAACCGCAAACUUCUCUUCCUCGGUGUCCCGCGCAGCAACCCCAGCGGGCCCUCCUCAGCCCGGUUUCCGUCUGCCCCCGCCUAAGCGCUGGGAUCAGGACUCGGAGUCUUCUCUCGACAAGGCUAGCAAGUACUUCCUCAUGGCUGAGAUCUUCCGCGGCAUGUACGUGGUGCUGGAGCAGUUUUUCCGCCCACCUUACACUAUCUUCUACCCCUUCGAGAAGGGUCCCAUCUCCCCCCGAUUCCGCGGUGAGCACGCUCUGCGUCGUUACCCCACUGGCGAGGAGCGCUGCAUUGCCUGCAAGCUCUGCGAGGCCAUCUGCCCGGCCCAGGCUAUUACCAUUGAGGCGGAGGAGCGUGAGGACGGAAGCCGCCGGACGACCCGUUAUGAUAUCGAUAUGACCAAGUGCAUCUACUGUGGAUACUGCCAGGAGAGCUGCCCCGUGGACGCCAUUGUGGAGACCUCCAAUGCCGAGUACGCCACCGAGACCCGCGAGGAGCUCCUGUACAACAAGGAGAAGCUCCUCGCUAACGGCGACAAGUGGGAGCCCGAGAUUGCGGCUGCUGCUCGUGCCGAUGCUCCUUACCGAUAA